GGAGCCUGGGGUUAGGAGCUCACUUGGGGGCUUUUCCCCUCCCUCCCCUCCGGAAAGAUCUGGUAUGGAGAGCCGAAAGGACAUGGUGAUGUUUCUGGAUGGGGGUCAACUUGGCACUCUGGUUGGCAAGAGGGUCUCCAAUUUGUCCGAAGCCGUGGGGAGCCCGCGGCCCGAGCCGCCUGAGAAGAUGAUGCCCCAUGGUUGCCUGAGCCCACGAGCUGGCCCUCCGGCUACCCGGGAGCGCGGCGGGGGAGGCCCGGAGGAAGAGGCGGUCGAUGGACUUGCAGGCAGCGCGACGGGGCUGGGCGCCGAGUCACGGGCAGCUGGGGCGGCCAUGCUUGGUCCAGGACCCCCGGUCCCCUCCGCCGACAGCCUUUCUGGCCAGGGGCAACCCAGUAGCUCAGACACCGAGUCGGAUUUCUAUGAAGAAAUUGAGGUGAGCUGCACCCCAGACUGCACCACCGGGAACGCCGAGUACCAGCACAGCAAAGGGUCGGGCUCAGAGGCACUGGGCAGCAGUCCCAACAGCGGCAGCGAGACUCCCAAGAGCAACGGCGGCAACGGCGGCAGCGGGAACAGUUCGCAAGGCAGUCUGGCCUGCAGCGCCAGUGACCAGAUGCGCCGUUACCGCACAGCCUUUACUCGGGAGCAGAUUGCCCGGCUGGAGAAGGAAUUCUACAGGGAGAACUACGUCUCAAGGCCACGGAGAUGCGAGCUAGCGGCUGCCCUAAAUCUCCCGGAAACCACCAUCAAGGUGUGGUUCCAGAACCGGCGCAUGAAGGACAAGAGGCAGCGGCUGGCCAUGACGUGGCCGCACCCAGCGGACCCCGCCUUCUACACGUACAUGAUGAGCCACGCGGCCGCCGCGGGUGGCCUGCCCUACCCCUUUCCAUCGCACCUGCCCCUACCCUACUACUCGCCCGUGGGCCUGGGCGCCGCGUCUGCAGCCUCGGCCGCGGCCUCGCCCUUCAGCGGCCCGCUGCGUCCUCUCGACACCUUCCGAGUGCUCUCUCAGCCCUACCCGCGCCCCGAACUGCUGUGCGCCUUCCGCCACCCGCCGCUCUACCCGGGCCCCGCGCACGGACUGGGAGCCUCGGCGGGUGGCCCCUGCUCCUGCCUUGCCUGCCACAGCGGCCCGGCCAAUGGGCUAGCGCCCCGGGCCGCUGCCGCUGCCGCUGCCGCCGCCGCCUCGGACUUCACUUGUGCCUCCACCUCCCGCUCGGACUCCUUUCUCACCUUUGCGCCCUCCGUGCUCAGCAAGGCCUCCUCUGUCGCUUUGGACCAGAGGGAGGAGGUGCCUCUCACCAGAUAA